UUUCAGUAAUCAAGUCAUGUAUUACUUAUUUAAAUUAUUUCCUGUUGCCGUUGUAACUUUCAUUAAACUUGUUUAUUGUGACGAACCGACAGGAGACAAUGUAUGCACAGUACCUGUCGAGACUGAAGAGCUUCAAUUGGAGAAAUACAUCCAAAAGGUACCAUACAGGACGAAAGUUUGGUGUGGAGAUGUUAGUAAAGGCUUUAAGUGCGAUGAAGUUAGGUAUGGUGAAAAAAUAUCUUAUCGACAUGUGCCAAAAAUUGUAACAGUGUAUGUAAAGCAAUGUUGUGAUGGCUAUACAAAGGCCGCCAAUAAUACUUGUAUCCCUUUAUGUGAUCCACCGUGCUGGAAAGGUAUUUGUACGGCACCAAAUAAUUGUACAUGUGAUUCUGGUUUCGGAGGUCCCACAUGUUCCAUAGCUUGCCCAUCGGGAUUCUGGGGUCCAUCUUGUUCCUUGAAAUGUGAAUGCAGCCAUGGAGCUUCUUGUGACCCUAUUACGGGCAUCUGCUCUUGUCCUCCUGGUUAUCAUGGUGAACAUUGCAAGGAUCCAUGUAAUGAUAAGCGCUGGGGUCCCAAUUGCGCAUUUCUGUGUCUAUGUCAAAAUAAUGGUACUUGCAACUCGAUUGAUGGCUCUUGCAAAUGUACUGCUGGAUUCUCUGGUCCACUAUGUCUUGAAGAAUGUGACGAAGGGAAGCAUGGACCCGAUUGCAUCCAUGACUGUAAAUGCCAAAAUGGCGCAUACUGUAACAAAAAAGAUGGCAGUUGCAUGUGUACUGCUGGAUUUUCAGGUCGAUUUUGCGAAAACAAAUGUCAAAAAGGAUAUUACGGUAUUAAUUGUGCAUCGAACUGUUUCUGUUACAAUGAAAAUGAAUGUGAUUCGGUAACUGGGAAUUGUCAUUGUGUUGGCUUUACCGGAAAGCAUUGUGAAGAGCCAUGUCCGGAAGGCACAUUUGGAAAAGAACAUAUACCAAUUAUUCUCUUUUCAUUGCGCACAAAAAUGCAACUGUGCAAACGGAGCUCGUUGCCAUCCGUUUGCCCAUCUAAUCGUUUUGGGUUAAAUUGUGAGAAUGAAUGCGCUUGCAACAUAAACAAUACGAAAUUAUGUCAUCCAACCAUUGGUUCCUGUAGUUGUAAUGCAGGUUAUACGGGAGCAGGCUGUAAUUCUCCAUGUCCAACAUCGUAUUAUGGUGAAAAUUGUGAGAAAAAGUGCGAGUGUAAUCUAAAUACUGGUUCACAAUGUGAUCCGGUCACUGGACAAUGUGUUUGCGCUGCUGGAUAUCAGGGAAUUCGUUGUGAUGAGAAAUGUCCUGAAGGUUUAUUCGGUAUGAACUGUGAGUCGAAGUGCAACUGCAAAAACGGUGCUUCGUGCGAUCAUCGUUUUGGUACAUGCAAGUGCACUGCUGGUUGGCGAGGACCACAGUGUAAUCUACCUUGUUGGGGUGGUCAUGGUAAUACAGAAUGUCAAGUAUGCGACUGUAAAAACGGUGCCGGUUGCGAUCCGUUAAGUGGUGCAUGUAUUUGUCCAGCCGGAUGGACUGAAAAAAAAUGUGAAGUGUCAUGUAGCAAAGGUUUCUAUGGAAUUAACUGCUCGCAAGAAUGCAAAUGCUGGAAUGGUGCCACAUGCGAUCCAGUAAAUGGUGAAUGCAGUUGUGCAGAUGGAUGGGCUGGACCAGAUUGCUCAAUAUUAUGUCCUCCCGAAGAAAAAGAGAAUUGUUUAAAUUCAUGCCCAUGUGUUCAUGGAAUUUGUACGGGAGGUUCCGGGAAGUGCGAUUGUCGUCCAGGAUAUACCGGUCGUUUAUGUGACGAAGAAUGUCCUUUUGGUACCUACGGAGAGAAAUGUGCGCAAAAGUGCAUCUGUGAUCAUGGAUGUAAUCCACUUACUGGUGAAUGUUUGCGAUGUCCUGCUGGACGAAGUGGUGUGAUUUGUGAGCAGAGUUGUCCGUUUGAAACAUGGGGUGAAAAGUGUAUGAAUCAUUGCGAUUGCGCGAAAAAUGGCGAAUGCGUUAGCAUCGAUGGUAGCUGCCAAUGUUACAACGGUUUUACCGGUGCGAAAUGUGAUCGAGAAUGCCCGGUCGGUAAAUGGGGUAUGAAUUGCUCUCAAACAUGCAACCAAUGCAAGAAUAAUGGUCAAUGUGAUCCGGUAGAUGGUGAAUGUCAUUGUGCGCCCGGUUACAUGGGAGAAAAGUGUGAAUUACCAUGUGGGAUGGAUCAAUGGGGUGCGGAUUGCCUGAACGAAUGCAGAUGUGAAAGUGAUCGCAAAUUAUGUAAUCCAGUUACUGGUAUUUGUCAUUGUGCCGCUGGUCUUAUGGGUGAUUUGUGCAAUCAGUAUUGUCCUGAAGGUUUGUGGGGCCCAGAUUGUGUUUUCCGAUGUUUCUGUGAAAUGGAAAACUCGAAAUGCCAAGCAACAACGGGUGAUUGUGUUUGUCAUCCAGGUUUCACCGGACCCAAAUGUGAUCAAGCCUGUCCUGAAGGUUUCUGGGGGGAACAGUGUGCGAAUGUUUGUGACUGUGGUCAAGAUAUCUGCAACCCGGUGAUCGGUUGUUGCAACAAGAACGAUGUCUUUUGUGAUCCUACCAAACUGAAGUAUCAUCUAUCGAAAGAUCGCACUGUAGUAGCAACGGUUACGUCAGUUGCUAGUAUUCUGAUUGUGAUAACUACUGCUCUCUCAAUUCUUGUUGUCUACUAUCGACGAAAAUAUAUGAGAGAACGUGAUCCUGUCGUUCCGACUAUCACAUAUCAUCCGACGGUAGUAAAUGGCGAAGCGACCUCAACAAAGAAUGAAUUCAACAAUCCGCUUUAUAGAAAAACUGUGGGAGCCGCAACGAAUUGUCAACUUGAAGGGAGGGAUAAUAAAUUAGAGCAUCUGAUGAAUAAGGAACGAUCCGAUCGACUUCAAAAUGAUUACACCAAGUUUGACGAUAUCUAUGCAGAAAUUGAUUCAUCAGUCGAUAAUGAAAAGAAUUCCGGUAAUUCCGUAAAACGUAAGUUCUACAGCUGA